AUGGCCGCCACAGCUCCUUGUGCAAAUAGUCCUCGUCUCAAUCCUCAAUUCGCAAGAACUGCCGCCAACGGGCGGACAUCUGAAUUGAAGACCGGUAUUCUACAGCUCAUCUAUGCAAGUCCUUUCGCUGGAUUGGACCAUGAAGAUCCAUACACUCAUCUGACUCGAUUCUAUGAGCUAGCAGGUACUACAGGUGUAGCCCAAGCGGAGGAAGAAACUUUAUUCAAAAGGUUGUUCCCACAUUCUUUGCUAUCAAAGGCAAAAGAUUGGUAUCUAGAUCAACCUGAAACAGUUAUGACUGAUUGGAAUACUCUGGAAGAAAAAUUCUUGGAACGGUUUUACUCUCAAAACCGAUUCUUUGAUGCUAAAACAACAAUUGCGGUAUUCUCUCAAGGUAGUAAUGAAUCACUAAAUGAAGCUUGGGAAAGAUUUAAAGUUAUGCUGAGAAAGUGUAAGGGGCGCGGAUUUGCGGAAGUCGAUCAAAUUCAUAUGUUCCGUAACGGUCUUACACCUACUAAUAAGACACUUUUGGACGCCACAGCUGGUGGCUCGUUAAUGUCCAAGACAACUACUGAAGCGAUUCAGAUAAUCGGGAGAAUGGCUUUGAAUGACCGACAAAGUAAUCAUGACCGUACUGUCAGAGAUAAGAAACCGGGGUUGUUGGAGCUAACUAUUAGUGAUGCUCUAAUUGCUCAGAACAAACUACUAAUUUCACAAAUGGAGCUUCUGACACAACAAAGGUCCAAACUUCCACAACAAAUCAAAGAGCUUAAUGGUGUUUCAAAUUCACGCCAAGUUGCCAAGUCUAAUCAGUCAAAUGCGACAUUCUCAGCCAACACUCAAGAGAAUCCUAAAGAGCAUUGCAAAGCAGUUGUUACCAGAACUGGUCAGAAAGGUGGUAAGGAGGAAGUUGAAAUCAAUGAUACCGAGAAGGAGGAUAAUAAUCGUGUUGCGGAAGAUGAGGAGAAUGAAGUCAUAGUGAGCGAUAUGAAUAAAGAGGCUGAAAAAAAUAAAAGGUCGCGGCGCGCGAAUACACAGUCGCGGCGCGCCAACGACAAAACAGCCAGCAGUGUGAUCCCCAGUCAACAUCUCCCAUAUCCACAUGCACCAUCAAAAAAGGAUCAUGCUAGGCAGUAUGCAAGGUUUAUGGAAAUUUUUAAGCAAUUGCAAAUCAACAUUCCAUUCUCCGAAGCCAUUGACCAAAUGCCAAAGUAUGCAAAGUUUAUGAAGGAUAUUUUAACAAAGAAGAAGAGACCAGAAGAAGAAGAAGUGGUUGUACUUGAUGCUCAGUGCAGUGCUAUAGUCUCCCGUCUCCCUAAAAAAGCAAGAGAUCUGGGACGAGUCACACUACCAGUCAGGAUUGGUAACCAGCAUAUUGGGAAUGGAUUGAUAGAUUUAGGGUCAAGCAUCAAUCUAAUUCCUCUAUCAAUAGUGAAGAGAUUGGGAAAUAUUGAGAUGAAGUCAACCAAAAUGACCUUGCAAUUAGCAGAUAAGUCCACCACUCUUCCUUAUGGAGUCGCACAAGACAUAGUCCAAGACAAAGAGGUAUGCUUUAAUCUCUUCGAAGCCAUGAAACAACCUAAGGAUAAAAGUGACUGCUUCCAUCUAGAUGUCACCGAAGAGAUAGCAAUAGAGGUAGCCAGUGAGAUACAUCUCUCUAAUCCGUUAGAAAGAUCCCUUGUUGAUUCGUUUAAUGUGCUGACUCAAGAGGAAGAACAGGAAAUUGAAGGAUUUGUGAAAGAUCUAGAAAAGGGAGGAAGCAUGAAUGAUAAGGAUGGGAAAGUGGAAACAUUAGACCCACCAAAAGAAGGGAAGGAAACCAAGAUGGAACUAAAGCUACUCCCAACUCAUCUGAAAUAUGUUUUUUUUAGAUAA